AUGAAGAAUGAGCUCGUUAACCCGUUCUACUUUCCCAGCGCCGACUCCACUGGUGAUGAUGAAUACAAGUAUGCCAACUAUAAGGAAGUCACCGACCAUGACCCGUUUGUCGACGCGGAGAAGAAGGAUUUGUUCAGUGCAGCUCAGAAGGUGAGAACCUUACCCCAGUCAUCGGAACGAAGAUCAAUCUCCGCAGCUCACAGCAGCUCAGAAAGACUAGCUGUGCUCCGGACUCGGGACAGCGCUCUCCCGGUGGCAGAAAAGGAUGCCGUUUGGAAGCAGAACUUGAGGAAAUUCAUAUUACGUUCGUCGCUGAGCCCUGGAUUCCAUAAGUACCCAGAGGACUUCACUGCCCUUCACAGUGUAGCCGCACAAGCUGAAGGAGCCCGUGCCCAUUGGGUUGCAUGUGCGAAGGGAAUCCGUAGAGAACAUCCAGCCUGUCGUUCGUGUCCACCCAGCAACCUGAUGGAAGAGAAUCCAUGUAAACCAGAGCUUCACGCGUCGCAAGGCCUGAACCCUUAG